AUGGCGCCAGCAGCACAGACGCAGGCGCCUGCAGUGGUCAUCAUUGCACGACAUGGCAUGCGCCUUGACGCCGCCGAUCAACGUUGGCACCUAUCGACGCCGACACCUUAUGAUCCACCCUUGACGUAUGGCGGAUGGAACCAAUGCCAGGCAUUGGGCGUGCGAAUCGCCAGUUUGCUCCACGCACGCGAGCAAAAGGCAGAGGAGGAGGACCACGAAAAUGGCAAUGGCGGAAGACGUAGGAGGAAGAAGCACAAGGUCGUCAUUCACUCUUCGCCCUUUUUGCGCUGUCUACAAACCAGCGUGGCCAUAUCGUCAGGUAUGGCGCAAUUUGAAGAGCCCAAGGACGGGCCCACUGCAGCGAGAGCACGCACGCCCGCACAGCUGCACUCUGCGUCGCCGCGACUGCGUGGAAUGGACAGCUUGUCAGCAUCUGCACAUGGAAUGGCAUCAAUCGCGGAACCUCGACACGAUCUUCAACAUGACCUGGCUCGGCGAGCUCUGGGCCACCAUAAGCGUUAUCGCAAGUCAAAAAUCCGUGUAGACGCUUUCCUCGGCGAGUGGCUGAAUCCGCAGUACUUUGAUCACAUCACUCCCCCGCCUCCCAGCCCUAUGAUGGUAGCAGGUGCCAAGGCAGAGCUGAUGCAGAACCAAAAUGUGGACAUUUUCACCCCAAGCGUGUCACACAAGUCCUCGAGUGGAAGUCUGUGGAGUGGCGGCGGCAAUCGCUCCGCUGGCAGCAGCAGGGAGAGUCCUCUGGAUGACUGGAGCCAUGUCACCAAUGCACUACAUGCUCCGGUGCCGUCUAGGGAUCGGUCCAACAGUGCAAGCAGCGUGGGUAGCAACGAUAGCUCCGGUCGACCACCAUACCGCCCGAAGUCUCCUUAUCGGCAUGGACAUGCCCUGCAGCCUUUCACAUCGACGAUACCAAAGCCAGAAGUGGCCAUAUACCGACCUCCAAGACCGUCAUACGCCAUCUCAAACUCAGACUACAUCCCUCGCGGCUACUUUGCUCAUGCUCGAACUGCCACUGCCAACGUUGACUACCAUUGGGACAGCAGUAGGCACCCGCAAGGCUGGGGAGACGGAGGUGAGUUUGGAGAGGAAUGGUCUUCCAUGCACAGACGCUUCAGGAGAGGCCUCAACAACGUUGUCGAGUGGUACAGUCAUCACAAUGCAGACGAUCGCGGCGAGGAUGCCUUGGGUAUAGAGCAAGCGGAGAACCACAGCCACGUGGACGAGCAGGAGGAUCAGGAAGAGUUGGUCGUCAUCCUGGUGACGCAUGGUGCUGGCUGUAACGCCCUGAUCGGUGCCCUGACCAAUCAGCCUGUGCUGUUGGAUGUUGGCAUGGCCAGCUUGACAAUGGCCGUGCGGAAAGACAAUCCGCCGCCACUGACACUACCGAGCACUCCUGAUACUGAAAGUCCAUUGAAUACAAGGAUUGCAUCUCCUGACCCUUACUCUAUGAUGAAUGAUGGGCAACGGCGCAGCAGUCUGGACAUUGGACUAAGUGCCAUAUACGAUCUAAAGCUUGUCUCAUCAUCAGAGCAUUUGCGGAAGGGUGCUGACCCUACGAAAGGGCCAUCGACCUCAAUUCCACCCAACAUGAAGACUGCACACGAUGCGCUUCCAAAGUACAAGCUAAAUGGCGCGAACGCACAUGCCGCCGCUGGGGCGGGCAUCGAUUCGAACUGGGAUCUGGGUGAAACGAAACGGGGCACCGGCAAUUCUUCUCUCGGUUCGAUGAGGAGACCAGGUGUACCUGUCGUGCCGGCAAGGACAGCUUCUCCCAGCUACAUAGCCAAGAACGACGACAGGUUCGCUUCUCCACCACCCGCUUUUACCACAGGGCUGUGGACCCCACCGACUGCACGCGGAACUCCGCAGCUCAGCGCUCAAGUGAAGGAGGACAAGGAAAUAAAUCUUCCAGAGCUCAAUGAUGUCGAAGGACGUGCGAGCCAAAGCCAGGACGCGUACUCGCCACCUGACUCGAGACCUACAUCUGCAGCGUCCAUCGGGAGGCAGUCAAGUCCCAGCCUCAAUAGCAAAGUUGAAAGCGACACGAGCAUCUCGAAUGACUUCGGCGUGGAGGAAGCAGCAGACGAUGUUGGAGAUCUUCCAAACGUCAGCGAAAAGCUGCCGCAAUCGCUUAGCCGUGGUCUGAGCCAGAAGGGUCUAUGGGGUAAGCAGAUCUCUGGAGAUAAAGUCGCAAGGAAGUACCCUGUCAAUGCGCCUAAGAGGCGAUGGACUAUGAACCAACGCGACUGA